CAAGGAUUGACAUUUUGCACCGACAUGUCCAAUAACCAUUAAAACCCUUUUCCCGCAGGCCUCGACAAGCAGGAGGAAAAGGAUCCUUCCUCCUACCUACCUACCACGGACCAAUGCAUCAUUCACCUAAAGCUCCUGGCAUGCUUCCACAAACUCCGCUUGCAGAUAUCGGCGGUGGAUAAUUUAUUUGGAUACCCGGACAUCGUCGUUACCAAUGAAGAGACAAAGAAACGCCAAGCGGGUACCAAGGAAAAGCGAUGGGAAGUAUACGUUGUGAGGGCAGUGGAGAGGUUCACUCGGUGGUGGCAUAUACUUUACAAUUCCAAGUUCGGGAGAUUUGAGGAAGGGAUAACGGGCCAUAAUGCUGUGCGGAAAGCCCAGGUGUUUGAUGAGGUGUUGGAUUCGAACAUAGUGUUUGGUACUGACGCUAUGCCGCCGCUGGAUGUGUUGAUGGUAUGGCACGCAUUUAUCCUGAAUCCGAGAUGUUUCUUGGAAGACUGUUAUAGGGUCGGAAAGAUUGAUUUCUGGAGGGCGGGUUUGCCGUGGAGUGUUAUCGACUCCUUAAUUGACAAUGGCUUUGAUUAUAACCUCCCAAUCACCGCCAUAAAUAAUUUUCAAACAAGCACCAACCUCAGCGUGGAAAACCUUGAUUUCCCGGAUAGCCUCCCAGUCAAUUGUCCCAUAUGCUCGAACCUCGUUCCGAUUCUCAUAACCAAUAGUAGGGACAGUACCGGCUACGCCGACUCCAAAUUCUCCAAAACCUGUCCAAACGGAACUUGUCAGGCAGUCAUAAACAUCGACACCCUCUCUCGAGCAAAGUUCCUGCAAGCUCUCGACCGCUUAACGUCACCAGCGGGCACGCCACUUCCGGGAACAAUUCUGGAUAAGGACGGAAAACCUAAUCCGGAAAUAAUGCUUCCCGAUAAGAGCUGGAUGUUCCCGAACCAAUUCUGUAUAUUCCUUCAGAGCUCCCUACGAACAUGCGGGUCGAAUCCUCCAACGGCCGACCUCAAUGAUAUAAAGGUAGAAAUGAACCGCUCCCUGGAGAACCGCAAGUUCCUUAAAUCCGGAAUUGUACCAUAUCGCCACCUUGACCGUGAUGGAAAAAUAUCGUUCAGGAGGAUGAUGUCCAGGUUCUGGAGCAACCCCUCUCCAUUCUCCAUUCACCUUGUCGGAGCGGUGAUUCGGCAGGGCACGUUCGUAGAGAAAAUGGCUGAGAUUGACUGGCUCCACUCACCAGCAAUCGUCGAUACCAUUGAGGCAGCUGUGAAGAAGUUUGAGAGAUUCAUGGACAUGAUCAAGAAUCACCCCGGCCGUUGUGUUGUUCCGACCUUAAAUGUGGACCUAGUGUGGCAUACGCUCAUGGGCAAUCCCUCGAUUUAUUGGAAGUAUAGUUUAGCUCUCACAGGAAAAUUCGUCGGGCAUGACGAUAAGAUUGAUGAAGCAAAGCUCGGGGAGGCGUUCAAGUGGACCUGCGAGAAGUACGAAAAGCUAUACAGAGAGCCUUAUAGUGAAUGUAUGCCCCCUUUGUCCGAUCCCAGCGUUCUACAUAACCUAGCUGACAUGACUAGGCACCUGCUGGUACUGCGAAGCUACCCGCUCCCUCUGCCAAUCCACGAUGAAACGCUACUUCUCCUCAAAGCCCCUCCCAAUACCCGACGUUCCCGAUCCAAGCACGCACAUAUCCGCCCACUCAGUAGUCCAAGUCCCAGACAAGCGCCAGAAGGCGCAGCGGAAAGCCUUCUACCAGGCUCUGAUCUAUGA